UUAGCUUGAUCCAAUGAGAUGUUCUGACUUAUCUCUCAGCUCUCUAUAGCUUAGUUCUACAGUGUCUUUGAUCGACUGCAACGGAUCAGCUUGUGUUAAUUCACAAUUCAUUAAGUUUUUUCUCCUGUAUUGCCAUUGUAGAUGGGCAAUUUGUCGUUAUUUGUGCGCCUGGUCAUCGCUCUGCUGGUUUGUUGUGCCUUCCCAUCACGUCUGCGCGCGCAAAGGCCGGGCCAGGUCGACCCCUUGACCCUGAAUACGGCCGACCCUCAGUGCUGGGAGUCAUCCUCGGUCCUGCUCUUGGAGAUGCGCACUCCGCGCAUAGCAGAUACCGUCCCUGCUUUCUGGGACCUCAUGGUGGUCUUGAAGUCAUCCGAUGAUCAGAGACACGCAACACUGUUUUGGGACCUCGCACAGACAUUUUGGGACAUUUAUGUGGAUUGUGUGUUGUCCAGGACGCACGGACUUGGUCGCCGCCAGUUGCCCCGUGUCCAUCAGCGCAUCACCACCCAGGGCUCUCUGUUCACUGACCAGUCCGUUAUCCAAGAUCAGCAAUCCAACUUCUCCAGACUACGAAGGUUUAGCCAAGGCUGGGUCAGGAUCAAAAUACAAGGAGUUCAGGACCGUGCAUCAAGCAACCUCGACACGAGCCAUAAGAAGAUAUCACCACUUUGUUUUUGAUACUUGGUUUACUUGCCUUAAUAUCUUAUUCCCUUGAACUUGACUAAUUGUUGGA